AUAAUCGGCAAUCGAAUUGUCUGGAAACUCUGAAUUAUUCGUCCAAUGAAGAAAAUUGGUAAAGAUAGCGAGUCGAAAGAAGCAAGCCUUUGGUGGCUUUUGGUAGUCUGAUGGACGUUACAAAUGCGAAUCGAUGCCUCGACAAAAGUCACGGAGAAGUCUCAUGGAGAGGAACAAUUGCCUGCGAAGACAUUUUGCAUACAAUUGUCGACACGCGACAGAAACGGAUCACGAGAAUGCAGACCAGCUGGAUCUUUAUUUUCCUGAAGGUUUUGCUUCGGUGUUACCUUUGGAAGACCGUUACUGCGACCGAGAGCCUUCGAGUGGUUUACCAAUGGAAACAACUGGAUUACGAGUGGCCGAGUAACGACACCAAGGAGCAUUUUCCAUGGUACAAGCAGGAAGACAAUCUCCCUCUUGGCCUCGAAGUCACAGACGACAGAGUUUUCAUCACGGUACCAAGAUGGAGACGCGGCGUUGCGGCCAGUUUGAAUUACUUUUAUGUCAACGACACAAGCGAAUCGCCCGCCUUGAUUCCAUAUCCGUCCUGGGAGACGCACGAGUACAAGGCCGGGAACGUUCCAGAGAUCAUCUCAACGUUUCGAAUUCGCGCGGAUAAAUGCGAGAGGCUGUGGGUCCUCGACACAGGAUUCACCGACAUUUUGGAUAGCCCGGAACAGCAAGCACCGCCAGCACUGAUAGUCUACGAUUUAACGACCAACCAAAUGAUACGAAAAUACGUUAUUCCCGAAGAUCAGAGGACAGCCGAUUCGCUUUUCGCGAAUAUCGCCGUCGAAGAUUAUUCCUGCGACGAUUCUUACGCUUACUUGGCAGACUUGGGGGGCCCGGGACUUGUUGUUUAUUCGUGGAACACGAACACGUCGUGGCUCGUGAAACACCACUUCUUCAAUCCGGAUCCUCAGGCUGAAGAGUUUAAUGUGUCGGGAAUAUCGUUCCAAUGGAGCGACGGUUUAUUCGGUAUGGGUUUGGCCCCCAUAGGCGAUGGGUACAGCACCAUGUACUUUCACGCGCUGUCCAGCAACAUGGAAUUUUCUGUCAGCACGAAGUUACUCAGAGAUCCUGACAGUGUCAGUGCUCCAGAAAAUUCCCAUGGUUUCCAUGCUCUCGGAUCACGGGGACGCAAUGGUCAGAGUAGCGUCAGCUUUCUAGAUCAAAACACAGGUGUUCUCUUUUACGCAUUGACCAACAUGAACGCUAUUGCUUGUUGGAAACCUCAAGAUAUGUUUACGACUCAGCAGCAGGAUUUAAUUUACACGGAUAACGUUACGAUGAUCUUCCCCAACGAUUUAAAAAUCGAUCAAAAUGGCCAAAUAUGGGUGCUCUCGGACCGUCUGCCGACGUUUAUGUACUCUCAACUGAACCUCGACGAUUAUAACUUUCGAGUUCUGACUGGUUCCACUCGUGAUGCAAUAAACGGCACCGUCUGUUCUAUGGAAAGUUUAGUUUCGACCACGGAUAUGCCGCGCGAUCCAUCGAUACGGAAGUUCAUCUCUUCGACAGUGUCCAAAAAUUCCGGUUCCGCCAAAAGUUACGAAGUUAUGUUCGUUCUGACAGCCGUGGCAUUUUUUUUAACAACGUACAUUUGAGAAGUCUUUUGAACGUUUGAUUGAACAAAUUUGUUGCGCGAAACUCGGAAUACAAAGAACCGUGGAAUCGUCGAGGACAUUUUUGCGCGAACAAAUACGAGUCGAAGCGAAAGAUUCCCAUGGAACGAUGUCGAAAGACGGUUAUGCAACGGAUUAGAUAACAAGCGAUCGAAGGUUACGUACGAUUUACUGGAUUUAUGAUGUAAUCGGUUUCGAAUCAACCGCAUUCUGGUUUCGGUAAGCAUAAUGUCUAAUUAUCCUUUCCUUAUUUAAAACACUGUGACCAGGCCAAUCCAACGACACGCUUAUUAACAUUAACGUGUGUCGAUUUUUAAGCAUUGCAUCGAAGCGUGAAACAGUUGUUAACCCUUUGCAUUCCGAACAUUGGAAGUUACGGAACUCGUAAAUGUUAUUUGUCAGCAGUUUAUGUCGAAUUUGAUUAAUGUAACAACACGAAUACGUAAUGCUAAUUAAAAGGAAAACUGCAUUUCAAUGUAAGUAUCAACAUAACGAGUUUCGGUUUGCGUUAACAUAAAUGGAAACUUAAACUGAGUUGCGUUGCAUAUUACGUAUGCAGUGUAAAGGGUUAAUGCGUGUUGUCGUUGAUUUUUAUGAUGCUAUUGUGGAUAUUUAUCGUGGUAUGAUACGAUUCAAAUUUCAAGUAUCGUUGAAACGAGAUGACAACGAUACAAUUAAUGAACUAUCAGAGUUGUGACUUAAUCGAGGUACCAUGGAAUAAUAUUUUACGAUUCUAAAUAUAAUACUAACGUACUUUACACUUUUUUAAUGGAUUUUACCAAGUCUUUUGUUCAAUGCUAUUUUUACCACGGUUUUAUGCAUACUUAUUUCGACCAAGAUGUGUUUUUUUAUACCUUUUGGUACAAACAGCGUUAAAACACGCCAAGUGAAAAGUGAAGCAUAAUCAAUUUGGCGCUUAAUAUGUUAAAUCGGUGGAACCUCAAAAAUUUGGUGCUAUUUUUCUGAUUAAAAAUUACCGAAAGCCGGAUAAAUAAUAAUUUGUACAAAUAAUUUACUAGGAUACAUAUUGUUGUCAUACGAGUUCAUCAUUAUUAAUAUUUGUAUUUUUAAACCAGAAUUUCGAUUAUACGUUUUUCUAAGCAUUAACCUUUCAUUAUUGUAUAAAUGAGUUUGCAUCCGUUAGUUCCUAAUUUCGUAGCUCUAGCUGCUUGAAACCUGUGCAUAUAAUAGUUUUAAAUAUUAUUAUAUCAAACUAUUGUAUAUUAAAGUUACACACUUGUGUUGUAAGUUGUGGUGCUAUUUAAACAAAACACCAGCUCUAUAUACAUAUGUAUUUUUUCAUUCUUAUUAUACAGUUGAAAUUAAUGUACCACUGUAACUGCAAUUCCAACAUUUACAGUUAUAAUACCGCAAUACUAUUGCUAUACUUCUACUGGAAUCACUACUAUCAUUAUUACUAUUAAAGUUAUUAGCACUAUUCUCUUGUUUAAACAAUCACGUACAUUCCUAAAAGCAUCUAACAUUAACAGGAACUAUAGUACACGGUAUAUUUGCAUUUUAAUGAUCACGUUUAUGUAUUUAAGAUAUCUUUUGAUAAAAUAAAAGUUAAGGAAAAUUAAACUUGCUCGUUUACCAGUUA